AUAAGCAAGAUCAUGGCUUCGCCUAGCGCGCUUCGCGUGUUUCCCUCCUCACCACUACCACCUCCACACCAUUCCCGUCUUCUCUUCUCCUCCCAUAUCCACCUCUGUAAAACUCCGCCGCCGUCAUUUCCUUUCAACAAAAACCGUUUCUCCCCUUUCCCCAUUCAAGAUCAACGCCCCACUUUUAUCCCCGCUGCCGUACCCGACUCCUCAGACACCCAAACCUCCGCUGAUUCUGUUGCCGCCGAUGAUAAUUUCAACGAUUCGGGGGUCAUCCUAUCGGCUUGUUUGGUCGGUGUCUCUACGGGAAUCGCCGUCGUUUUGUUCAACAACGGCGUGCAUGAGAUUCGCGACUUUUUUUGGGAUGGAAUUCCUUCUAGAGGUGCUUCCUGGUUGCGAGAGGAGCCUCUCGACUCCGUUUGGGUGCGUGUCAUUUCUGUGCCUGCUUGUGGCGGUUUAAUCGUCAGCGUCUUGAACGCAGCUAGGAACGCGGUAUCGGAAGCUAGUUUUAGCGCCAAAGGAGCGUUGGGUUCGGUUUUGAAAGUUUUAGCGGCCUGUUUCACUCUGGGGACUGGUAAUUCCUUGGGACCCGAAGGUCCAAGCGUCGAGAUUGGUUCCUCCAUUGCUAAAGAAAUCCAUUCUAGUUUGGAUAAAAAUCCUCAAACCAAGCUCUCCCUCUUGGCUGCCGGAUCAGCUGCUGGAAUCUCAUCCGGUUUCAAUGCGGCCGUCGCGGGUUGCUUUUUCGCCGUCGAGUCGGUUUUAUGGCCGUCAUCGCCGGCGGAUUCAUCAGUGUCACUUACCAAUACAACUUCAACGGUAAUUCUCAGCGCAGUUAUAGCUUCCGUGAUCUCUGAAAUCGGUCUUGGUUCUGAACCAGCCUUCAAGGUUCCUGAGUAUGAUUUCCGGUCUUAUGGUGAACUUCCACUUUAUCUUUUGCUGGGUAUUCUUUGUGGUUUGGUUUCGUUGGCUUUUUCCAAUUUGACAUCUUACUUAUUGGGUGUUGUGGACAAUCUUAACAAGGAUAUUGGUAUACCACAGCCCGUGUUUCCUGUAGUCGGGGGACUAACAGUUGGUGUAAUAGCCUUGGCAUAUCCUGAAAUUCUGUACUGGGGUUUUGAGAAUGUUGAUAUCUUGUUAGAAUCUCGACCCUUUGUGAAAGGCCUUCCGGGGGAUCUCUUGUUUCAACUGGUGGCAGUCAAGAUUAUUGCAACUUCUUUGUGCCGGGCCUUCGGGUUAGUAGGAGGAUAUUAUGCCCCUUCACUUUUUAUUGGUGCAGCAACUGGGAUGGCAUAUGGGAAAUUCAUUAGUUUUGCUAUUGCUCAGUCUGAUUCAGCCAUUCACCUUUCAAUCUUGGAAGUGGCCUCGCCACAAGCAUAUGGCCUGGUUGGCAUGGCGGCAACCCUUGCAGGGGUCUGUCAGGUACCUCUCACCGCGGUUCUACUUCUUUUUGAGUUGACUCAGGACUAUCGGAUUGUUUUGCCUUUAUUAGGAGCUGUUGGGCUUUCUUCUUGGGUUACAUCUGGACGGAUGAAAAGAAAGGAUAUUAAAGGGACCAAAGCACUUGAAGACAGAAACGCUAGUACAAAUCAGCAGCCUGAAGUGUCAGAUAAUACAACUAAUGUAUCUUCUAAUGAAGCAUCAGCUUAUUUCAACAAUCUAUGUGAAGUUGAAAGUUCACUCUGCAUUAAUGAUGCCAGUAUUAAAACCGAUGAUUUAGAGAAGAGAAUUUUUGUUUCUGAAGCCAUGAGGACAAGAUUUGUGACAGUUACGAUGAGUACUUUAAUUACAGAAGUAGUGACUCUUAUGCUUGCUGAAAAGCAGUCUUGUGCAGUAAUUGUUGACAAUGACAACCUUUUAAUGGGUUUAUUGACACUUUCUGAUAUUCAAGAGUUUAGCGAAUUCACAAAAGACAAAAGCUUAGACUCCAAGGUGCUUUUGGUAUCUGAAAUAUGUUCAUUGGAUAAUGCAAAAUGUAAAGUCCCAUGGACAGCUACUCCUACUAUGGAUAUUCUAUCUGCUGAAAUGAUAAUGAGUAAACAUGGCCUGAAUCAAGUUCCAGUUAUAUUAGAGCAUGUAAAAGGCUGUCGAGGACAGCCAAUUGGCCUCCUCGACAGAGAAUGUAUCAAUCUAACUUGCAGAGCCGUAGCUACAAGAGAAUCUCUUGAUUUUGACACAGUAAAGUCGAUCGAGAAAUGAGGAUGAAGCCUGCCCUCGUACUUGAUAUAGAGUGAUUGACACGACAGAGUCUGUUGUACUCUGAUUUCAAUAUUUGGUGAUCCCACCAAUUCAGCCAUGAAGAAGGGAAUUGGCUCUGGUCAGUGUCCUUAACUAGCCCCAUCUGUUGCAGGGAAGCUAAAUCACGCACCAGAUAAAACAUUGGGAGCUGAUAUAUGCUCCCAAUUUUCAUAUGUAUUGAUAGACAAACUGGAAGGGUUCUGUUGUGCUUCUUUUUCUUCAAGCUGGGAGAUAUUUAUAACUGGUCAAUAUUUCAAAGUCCCAAAGGUCGAAAAUUUAGCAGGCUGUUGCCACCAACGAACAGGAAAAAGAAGAAUUGUUCAAAUAUGAGUCUUACAUCAGGUAUCAGUUUCUUUUGAAAAUAUUCUCUUACGUUAUAGUUAUUCACUUGUUUAGGCAGUCAUACUACAACAGGUAUAUACUUGGUCUUGCUUAUAACAUUUAUCAAAUGACUUGAGCAAAUCACCACCGGGAAAAAUUCCGGCAUGAUGUUCCAAGUGCAUAUGAUGUGUACCAUUUGAGAGGAUACUAAACAUCCAAUUUUGUGACAAAUA